GCCAACGAAGCCAACUCAGAAGCAUUUCGAGCCGCCAAGAUGGAGGUUCUGUGCAAAAUAUUAGCCGUGUGCUUACUGCUCGUCGGUGCUCAGGCGUUCCCGGCAAUUGAACCAGUCAAGAGCUCCAACGAGCUCACCUGGCAGUCCCUGUUCUUCGAUGCUCUGACUGGAAACCUGCAGGAGCCCCAGGCUGAUGAGCUCAUCAACUUGGAAGAGUGCACUGCUCUCUACACGGUGGAUAACAUUGAGAUUCUGUUGACGGCUAGCUACAAGAUUCGUCUUUGCAACAAUGUGGAGUCCAGGGAUAUCGAGAGAUACUUGGAACGUCACGACGCCAUCUACACGAAGCACAACUUCGAAUGGGAGUUGCUUUCCUGCCACAACCGCGACUGCUACGUGGAUACCGUUCUGAACCUGUUCAGCUCGGUUCGUCGUAACCGCUACGAUCAUCGUCGCCGCAGGGCCUGCAUUCUCCGCGAGGUGGAGAGGGCAGCCAUUAAGCUGGAUGCUGCUUCCGUCGCUCUGGCUAACUGUCUUGCCCAGGCCCAGCCUCAGCCACAGCCCCCCCAGAACAGCACUGUGCCCCCUCCGCCCCAGAACACCACCGCCAGUGGACCUGGAUUGAACAGCACUCAAUGGCCCAAUACCAACACCACCCCCAACUUUACCACAACUGCCCUCCCCCCAUGGUGGGGAAACAGCUCUACCCAAGUUCCCUCGGAAAACACGACAGCUCUACCUCCAUGGUGGGGCAACAGCACUACCAGCAGACCCUCGGGAAACACGACAGCUCUACCUCCAUGGUGGGGAAACAACUCUACCCAAGUUCCCUCGGGAAACACCACAGAUCUACCUCCAUGGUGGGGAAACAACUCUACCCAAGUUCCCUCGGGAAACACGACAGCUCUACCUCCAUGGUAUGGCAACAGCACUACCAGCAGACCCUCGGGAAACACGACAGCUCUACCUCCUUGGUGGGGAAACAACUCAACCCAAGUUCCCUCGGGAAACACGACAGCUCUACCUCCAUGGUAUGGCAACAGCACUACCAGCAGACCCUCGGGAAACACGACAGCUCUACCUCCUUGGUGGGGAAACAACUCUACCCAAGUUCCCUCGGGAAACACGACAGCUCUACCUCCAUGGUAUGGCAACAGCACUACCAGCAGACCCUCGGGAAACACGACAGCUCUACCUCCUUGGUGGGGAAACAACUCUACCCAAGUUCCCUCGGGAAACACGACAGCUCUACCUCCAUGGUGGGGAAACAACACUAGUGACGGACCAUGGGGAAACAACUCUACCCAAGUUCUCUCGGGAAACACGACAGCUCUACCUCCAUGGUGGGGCAACAACACUAGUGACGGACCAUGGGGAAACAACUCUACCCAAGUUCCCUCGGGAAACACGACAGCUCUACCUCCAUGGUGGGGAAACAACACUAGUGACGGACCAUGGGGAAACAACUCUACCCAAGUUCCCUCGGGAAACACGACAGCUCUACCUCCAUGGUGGGGCAACAACACUAGUGACGGACCAUGGGGAAACAACUCUACCCAAGUUCCCUCGGGAAACACGACAGCUCUACCUCCAUGGUGGGGAAACAACACUAGUGACGGACCAUGGGGAAACAACUCUACCCAAGUUUCCUCGGGAAACACGACAGCUCUACCUCCAUGGUGGGGCAACAACACUAGUGACGGACCAUGGGGAAACAACUCUACCCAAGUGGGAAACACGACAGCUCUACCUCCAUGGUGGGGAAACAACACUAGUAACGGACCAUGGGGAAACAACUCUACCCAAGUUCCCUCGGGAAACACGACAGCUCUACCUCCAUGGUGGGGCAACAACACUAGUGACGGACCAUGGGGAAACAACUCUACCCAAGUGGGAAACACGACAGCUCUACCUCCAUGGUGGGGAAACAACACUAGUAACGGACCAUGGGGAAACAACUCUACCCAAGGACCCAACUGGUGGAACAGCACCACUCUUGGCCUCGUGAACAACACCACUGAGAAUCCUUGGCUCGGAAACUCCACCCAGGGACCCUGGAACACCACCACCGCUGACGACAGGUCCACCACCCAGGGAAACUGGUUCGAUCACCUGAUGCACGAGCUUGGAAACCUCUUCUAGACCCGAAAAUCCAGCCGAAGCACAUCCCAACUGUUUGGGGGUUUGGUCAGUAGUCUAAGCUUUAGGCCAGCAAAUAAAUAAACUUAUCAGCAUUGAAAA